GCAUUUCAAUUAUAGAGCCACUUCGUUGUGCAAUAUCUGAGGAAAUACCUUUCGUAUAACGCAGCACCCUUGCAGAGCUCCUCAGUCCUAUUACUCCUGCCGUGCUUCGCGUUCUCAGUAGAACUCGCAGUUUUGACCAGGAAGUAGCUACUGUGUAAUCCAUACACUUCCUGGAUUACAUGCCUUCUUAAUGCGCAUCGUUUUAUUUUCUUUUAUUUUUUUUCAGAAAACGUAAUAGAAAUUCUAAGUACAAAGUAAAGAAAUUCAUUCAGAUACUGUUACUCCUUGGACACUGGAUGGGAACCUUUUCAAAAAUUGAUGUCUGCUAAGCUUCUGACAGCUGACCCUUCCACACUUCUGUGUGUCAAUACUGAAAUUUGUUCAUCAUGAGGCUGGCAGGUCCUUUGCGGGUAGUAGUGGUAGUAUGUCUUGUAGGUUUGACAUGGUUCUUGGCCCACAUGCUUCUUGGAGGGGAAAACAGCUUUGUUGUUGUGCGACACCUCUUCCACGGAUCUCAUGAGGUGACAACUGUAGCGCCAAAGCCACGCAAGUAUAAGUGUGGCCUCUCGGCACCCUGUCCAGCAAAGCACCUUGCUUUCCGCCUGACAUCUGGGGCAGCAAAUGUCAUCGGUCCUAAGAUGUGCCUUGAGGAUAAGAUACUCGUAAGCAGUGUGAAGAACAAUGUCGGCCGAGGGCUGAACGUUGCUCUCGUCAAUGGUGUGACAGGGGAGUUAUUGGAAGUCAAAUCUUUUGACAUGUGGGCCGGAGAUAUAGCUGAUCUGCUGAAGUUUCUGCGGCCAUUGCACGAGGGUACACUAGUGUUUAUUGCUUCCUUUGAUGACCCUGCUUCCAAGCUGAACGAUGAAGCCCGUCGGCUCCUUGAGGAGCUUGGGAGUACUGCUGCUAAGGAGCUGGGUUUUCGAGACAGCUGGGUAUUUGUGGGAGCUAAGGGCAUCGAGAGCAAGAGCCCCUUUGAGCAGCGGAUGAAGAACAGCAAAAGCACUAACAAGUAUGAAGGAUGGCCCGAAUCCCUGGAAAUGGAUGGCUGUGUCCCUUUAAGAGUUUCUCAAGAGAGCUAGACUCAGGAAGUCUUGUUUCAUAUCAAUAUAGAGAGAGUCCAGUUUCAAUAGCCACCUCCAUUAUUUUUAUCUUAGGUCCUAUAUUGUAACCUGCAUCAAUGACUACAUAUUGGGUAUAUUAAAACAUCUGAGCAAAUGCUGAAGUUUGGUUAUUAUAUAGGAUACUUUCAUUAUUAUUUGUAGAAUCUUAAAUAUUGCUGUUUUGUUAAGCCAAGCAAGUGUGUGUUUAUUGAAUUGCACUGAUACAAAAUGCUACAUUUUGCAUUCUUUACUUUGUGGAAGAUAACUUUGUACUGCAUGAUUUUGUUAAAAUGCUCAAAUUACUAAUGUGAGUUGGAGUAAUUUCCAGAGAGAUCCAAGUGUCUUUGAUAUCAACAAUAACAUAUAUUCUGUGCAUUACUUCACAGAGCAAAUGAACACUGUUCUAUUCUAGAAAAAGCAGCUGAAAUGACGCAUUACUCUUUUGAACAUCCGUACUGUAAAUUACACACUUUAGAUCAACCUUUUGGUGCAUAUGCCGAACUGAAGUGACUUUGCACAGAUUUACAUUCCAAAAACAAAUGUUAAUAUAUUAAAUAAAUCAACACUGAUGCUUUUUAUUUCAUUUUUAGUGAGAUACUAUUACAAUAUGUGAUAAUUUGGAGAGUAGCAUUUUAUCCUGGAUUCAUUCGGCCUUCUCAAUAUCAUAAUGGCCAGAUUUGGAUUUUGCAUUUUUUCUAAAAAAAAAAAAAAUAAAAAAAUACUAUGGAUAAACUCUAUUGAUAUUUUCUAAUGAUUCUGAUAUUCCAUCUAGGCUGUGGCCCAGCCUGGAACGCUGAAUGGAUACAUUUGUUAAUAGAAACUGCUUAAAUGUUUUCUUAAAUAAAUAUGAUUAUUACUUUUA